AUGGCUUCUCAAACGGGCUCGAGCGGAAGCUCUGCUUCCAACCCUAUCAGCAAGCUCAAGACUGGACCCGAUGCCCUGCGAAAGGAAGCUGAGUCCUCGGCUGAGUUCGAGAAGCUGCAGGAGGAGGCCAAGAUCAGAAGGCUUCAAGCAUUGGCAAGCCAUUACCGCCCUACGACCUGCGAGCAGAACUCCCAGCCUAUGACCAUCAACCGCCUCCAGGUUCAUGGCGCUACGAACACUAGAAGAGGCUUCCUCGACCCCAUCUUCAAGCCCCUCUUGACUGAAGAUGUCAACAGCUCUUCAACUCUUGGCGAGGUGGCUGCUAGAUUGGGCGAGGCCAGAGGAAAGCUCGAGAGACUAGGCAUCUUUCACCCCGAACCCAAGGUCCACAUUAACGGCUCCGAUCCUUCCGACCCUUCUGCCACCCCCACCGAUGUCGACGUUGAUAUCGUCGUCAAGGAACUGUCUCGUUACAAGUUCAACGCUGGAACCGAUGUCGGAAACAGCGAGGGUUCCGCUUACACCUCUCUGCUCUGGCGUAACAUUUUUGGUGGUGCCGAGCAGCUUACCGUUAAUGCCAGCGCUGGCACCCGAACCCGAUCCGCAUACAGCGCGAACCUGAGCGCUCCUGUCCACAGCAACCCCGACACGAGAGUUGCCCUGGAGGCAUUGGCUUCUGCGACCGAUAAGUCAUGGGCCGCCCACGAGGAGGUGCUGAAGGGAGGAAAUCUGCGCUUCUCUUGGCUCUCCAGCCCCAAGGACAUGCACUCGCUCGAAUACUCUGCCAUCUGGCGUCAAGUCACGGGCCUGCGCGAUAAUGCUAGCCCGACUGUCCGAGCCGAUGCCGGAGACUCUAUCAAGAGCUCUAUUAAGCACACCUACCAGCGUGACCAGAGAGAUAACCCGCAGCUGCCCCAAAGCGGCUACAUGCUGCGUUCCGUCUUCGAGCUGGCAGGUGUCGGCACUCUCGGUGGUGACGUCGCCUUUUCCAAGAACGAGCUCGAGGUUGGUGGUGCGGUGCCCAUCCCUCUUCCCGGUGUCCAGGGACGCUCUGGUAUUUCCAUUGGCGGAGGCUUCCGUUUCGGUAUGCUCUACCCCCUUCCUCUGGGAUUCUCUUCUGGCGGUAAGGCGCAACCUAGCCGCAUCAACGAUAGAUUCCAGCUUGGUGGACCUACCGACGUGAGAGGCUUCCACUAUGGCGGCCUCGGGCCCCAUGACGGACAGGAUGCCGUCGGAGGCGACGUUUUCGCUGCCGGUAGCGUGAACAUGCUAUUCCCCUUGCCCUACAAGGGUCCUGACUCGGCCCUCCGCUUCCAAGUUUUCGCGAACGGAGGAAGACUCGUGGCGCUGAAGAACAAGGGUAAGGGCUCCUCAGCCGAGGGUCUGGAUUCUCGCACUGUCGCAGGGAGCAUGUGGAGAGCUCUGAACGACCUGACUACUGGUCUGCCCACGACUGCUGCAGGCGUUGGCUUGGUCUAUGCUCACCCUGUCGCUCGCUUUGAGCUUAACUUCAGCCUGCCUCUGGUGUUGAGAAGGGGCGAGCAGGGCACCAAGGGCCUGCAAGUUGGUGUCGGCAUCAACUUCUUGUAA